GGGGCUUCUAAACGACUAGAAAUGUCAAUCUGAGCAAGGCAGUCCCAAUAAUCUAAAGCAAUCUGUAAGGACCUGACCUUAGUCCAUCCAGAUCAAUAGGGAAGUGCGGGUGGAAAGAAGAAGAAGAAGAAGAAGAAAAGCAAGAAAUAAGGGGCGCAACCGGAUCGUUUACACUGGCUGCUACCGAGGAAAUAUAGACUUCCCUUGCUCGCACCUUUUGUUGCCCACAUGCUCACACUGUAAAAGUGGAUAUCGAGGCAAAUCCUUUGCUUUGUGUGAUCGCAGCAGACUUUCUUCUCCCCCCCCUCCCCUUCCCCGCCGCCAUGUCGUUCCCACAGCUGGGAUAUCAGUACAUCCGACCGAUAUACCCGCCGGAGCGCCAGGGGAUCGCCAGCAACGCCCGGGCCGGGACGGAGCUCAGUCCGUCCGGCGCGCUCUCCAACGUCCUCUCCACUAUGUACGGAUCUCCUUUCGCCGCAGCAGCGCAGGGCUACGGAGCGUUUCUGCCCUACUCGAACGAUAUAUCAAUUUUCAAUCAGCUGGGUGCUCAGUAUGAACUCAAAGACAGCCCCGGUGUCCAGCACCCGGGCUUCGCCCACCAUCACCCUGCGUUCUAUCCAUAUGGCCAAUAUCAGUUCGGCGACCCGUCCAGACCCAAAAACGCCACCAGGGAGAGCACCAGCACCCUGAAGGCCUGGCUGAGCGAGCACCGCAAGAACCCCUACCCGACCAAGGGCGAGAAGAUCAUGCUGGCCAUCAUCACCAAGAUGACCCUCACCCAGGUGUCCACCUGGUUCGCCAACGCCAGGCGGAGGCUAAAGAAGGAGAACAAGAUGACCUGGGCCCCGCGGAACCGCACCGACGAAGAGGGGAAUGUUUACGGCAGCGAUCACGAGGGGGAGGAGGGGGACAAGAGGGAGGACGAGGAGGAGAUCGACUUGGAGAACAUUGACACGGAAAAUAUCGAGAACAAGGACGACUUGGACGACCAGGACGACCUGCAUUCAGACAUUAAACUGGACGGGAGGAGCGACUCCGAGAUUUCUGACGGCUAUGAGGAUUUACAAGGGCCCGAUCAGAGGUUUCUAAAGUCUGUGGGGAAAGAGGGGAAAGACGUGGAGAGGGGAGGAGAGCACUUCCACAGCCACCACCACCACAGCAGCAACCACCACCACCAUCACCACCAACACGCUUCUUUGGACACCAAAGCGUCCCAAGCGAACGGCGAACAGCUCAAAUUGAACCCGGUGUCCGUUGGCUCGCCGCCCUCAGAAAACAACCCGGCCCCGGCCCAAAAGCCAAAGAUCUGGUCUUUGGCGGAGACGGCCACGGCCCCGGACAAUCCGCGCAAAUCGCCGCAAAUGAACGGCGGCAACUCGGCGGGGCCCGCGGGCCAGACCAUCAUCGCCCCACACAGACUCAUCUCUUCGUGUCCCGUUGGGAAAAUCCAGAACUGGACGAACCGAGCGUUCUCGGCGCAUCAGCUGGCUUUACUGAACUCGAACCAUUACCUGGGACUGGCGAACCAGGCCACGGCCACCGGCUUGGCCCUGUACAGCAGCAGGCACACGGAGGACAAGAGUCAUAGUUCAGAGACUUCAGUCACAGGUACAUGUCCCCGACACUGAGACGCGCGCAUGUAUACAUGAGUACAACAAACAAAAGACACUAGUCCAUUGCCCCGUCAUUCAUUUCUAUUAUUAUUAUUUUAGACCUUCCUUUGCCUGUUCAUGGAUUUUUUUCUUCUUUCUACUCGCUUUUCUUUAGGCCACACAGAUGGACAGUGUUACAAUAUAAUAGCUUACAGAAUGCAGUGUGUGUGAUGUAUGCGUGUGCGUGUGUGUAACUGCUUUGAAAAAAAAAAUGUCCGAGAGAAUUAUGAAAACCUCAUCAGAAAGCAUUUAAGAAAAAAAAAAAAAGGUAAAAUGUUGAAUUGGUUGAAAAGUGUUCCGGGUAUUCGUGUCCGUUUGCUCCUUUAUUUGGCAUUGCUUCGUCCCUGAGAUAUUGAGGCCCAUGUGCUUUUGUUCAAUGGUUUACAUAAAUCCCUCAGCGCAUUAAGCCAACUAGUUUCCAACACUAAAUUCACUGAAACCCGUUAUGGGCUCUGAGAGUAGGCCGUUCAAUGAUUGCGUUUUAAUUUUCAUUGCCACAAUUCCAGAGAGCUCUAGUGCCUUGGAUGCAGAGUAAGAAGUUGUUAAAAACAGCUUUGCACCCAGUUCAAAGAUAGCAAGGCUGUCAAUUGAUGACAUUUGGGAAUUUUCUUUUUGAUGCCAUAUCACAUUUUUCUUUUUUAAAAGGAAUAUUUACCCAAAUUAGCUUUUAUUCUAAGGUGUUUUUAUUUUAUUUUCAUCCCUGUGUUUGUGCGCAUGUGUUUUUUUCGUCCAGGCCUAUGUUACACUUACUUGUUUGGUCAUGCAAAUGAGCUCAAUGCAAAAUCACUACAGGCUCGUUUUUGAAAGGCAAUUGUCACUUUUAUAUCAUUUUGAUUUUUUUUUUUAGCUUUUCCCGAUGCUAUUAUUAGUUGGAUUUCUUUUUAGAACACUACCAUUUUUUUCUGUUCCCCCUGUGUAUUGCAGGCCUCAGAACCAACUAAGCAGCAGCGGUUCCCUUGGCUCUCUCCAUAACCUCACACCAAUCCUCUUUAUUCUUUUUUUUUUUAUUAUUUGAAUAUGGAAUGUAAAAUAAGAAUAAUACAUCUCUGUAUACUUACAUUGUAAGCAUGUCCUGUGUAAAACUGCUAAUGUAAUAAUGUAUGAACCUGUAGUCUGUGAGUUCUUUCUUUUUCCUUUUGUAAGUUCUGUGAGGAUUUGAUGUUCAAAUGUUUUGUAUAUAAAGUUAAGAAUAUGUACAUACUUGUGAACCAAAUUGUACAAGAAAGUCUAUAUUUUGGCUAAUAAAUGAACUGCUGCAACUUUAAA